CCUCUCCCUCGUGCUAUAAAUGCCACCCUCAAUCCCCUCCUCUCUCUUAAGCCACGAAAACUCUCAAUUUCUCUGAAGGAAAAAAAAAAUAAAAGAAAAAAUUUUCUCAUCUCUCUUCAGCAAUUUCUAAAGAUGCAGAUCUUUGUGAAGACACUUACAGGAAAGACUAUCACCCUUGAGGUGGAGAGCUCAGACACUAUUGACAAUGUCAAAGCCAAGAUCCAGGACAAGGAGGGCAUCCCCCCAGACCAGCAGAGGCUCAUUUUCGCAGGAAAGCAACUCGAGGAUGGCCGUACUCUCGCUGACUACAACAUCCAGAAGGAGUCCACCCUCCACCUUGUGCUCCGUCUCAGGGGUGGCAUGCAGAUUUUUGUCAAGACCUUGACAGGAAAAACCAUCACCCUUGAGGUCGAGAGCUCCGACACAAUCGACAAUGUCAAGGCCAAAAUCCAGGACAAGGAGGGCAUCCCCCCGGACCAGCAGAGGCUCAUUUUUGCUGGGAAGCAGCUUGAGGAUGGCCGUACCCUUGCUGACUAUAACAUCCAAAAGGAGUCGACCCUCCAUCUUGUCCUUCGUCUAAGAGGUGGCAUGCAGAUUUUUGUCAAGACCUUGACCGGCAAAACCAUCACGCUUGAGGUUGAGAGCUCUGACACAAUCGACAAUGUCAAGGCCAAAAUCCAGGACAAGGAGGGCAUUCCCCCAGACCAGCAGAGGCUUAUUUUUGCCGGGAAGCAGCUUGAGGAUGGUCGUACUCUCGCCGACUACAACAUCCAAAAGGAGUCCACCCUCCAUCUUGUGCUAAGGCUCCGUGGAGGCAUGCAGAUCUUCGUUAAGACACUGACUGGCAAAACCAUCACCCUUGAGGUCGAGAGCUCUGACACAAUCGACAAUGUCAAAGCCAAAAUUCAGGACAAAGAGGGUAUCCCCCCAGACCAGCAGAGGCUCAUUUUUGCGGGGAAGCAGCUUGAGGACGGCCGCACCCUAGCAGAUUACAACAUCCAAAAGGAGUCCACCCUCCACCUCGUUCUUCGGCUUCGUGGAGGUAUGCAAAUUUUCGUUAAGACCCUGACAGGAAAAACCAUUACCUUGGAGGUGGAGAGCUCGGAUACAAUCGACAAUGUCAAGGCCAAGAUACAGGAUAAGGAGGGCAUCCCCCCGGAUCAGCAGAGGCUCAUCUUCGCUGGGAAGCAGCUUGAGGACGGCCGAACCCUUGCAGAUUACAACAUCCAAAAGGAGUCGACCCUUCACCUUGUGCUCAGGCUUCGUGGUGGUAUGCAGAUUUUCGUGAAGACUCUUACGGGGAAGACCAUCACUCUUGAGGUGGAGAGCUCGGAUACCAUUGACAAUGUUAAGGCCAAGAUCCAGGACAAGGAAGGAAUCCCCCCGGACCAGCAGAGGCUCAUCUUCGCAGGAAAGCAGCUCGAGGAUGGCCGCACUCUAGCAGACUACAACAUCCAAAAGGAGUCCACCCUUCAUCUUGUGCUCAGGCUUCGUGGUGGUAUGCAGAUUUUUGUGAAGACCCUUACAGGGAAGACGAUCACUUUGGAGGUGGAGAGCUCGGAUACCAUCGACAAUGUGAAGGCCAAGAUCCAGGAUAAGGAAGGGAUCCCUCCGGACCAGCAGAGGCUCAUCUUUGCAGGGAAGCAGCUCGAGGAUGGGAGGACUCUUGCAGAUUACAACAUCCAGAAGGAGUCCACCCUUCACCUUGUCCUCCGCCUCCGUGGUGGUGCUCAAAACUAGAUGAUGAUCAGUCAAGUUUCCGGCGGUGGUUUCGUUGUUUCAGCACAGUGCUUGUGAAUAAUGCGCUCCAUCACCUUGCGUGUGUGGAGGCCUUCUAGUUUGGUUUUAUGGACGUGCUCUAGUUGUGUGCUACUUAUGAACUUGGUUGUGGUUGUUUGGAAUUGACUGCGUGGUUCAAAUAUGUUUUCUUUAUUUUAA